UGUUGUUCACUUCUUCUUAUGUUCGCGAUCUUGUAUAAAGAGAGAACUUUUUAUUUCACUGUCGACGGAACAACGAAUCGGCUCGGCUUCAUCAUGUUGUUCUUUCUGGUGCUCCUGCAUUGUAUUGGCUUCUUACAGUGCAUUGAGAUAUCCACGGAAUCUCCAAGUGUCGAUCAGUCGAGGACCGCAUCGAUUGGUAGACAUUUGACCUCAUCAGAUGUCUCAAGAAUGAUUAAUACGAUUCAAACUUUCUUUAAUAUUUCAACAAAAGCUGUACCAAAAACCAAGAUGUUAGACUUUACACAAGAGCUGACAAACGUGUCGGAAGCUUUCAUGCUGAAGGCCGUAGAAAAAGAAGAUCAGUCAGUUCUAAACCAGCUUAAAGAUAUAAUUACUAAAUCGAUGACAUGGCAACCAUCUCAAUCCGAAGAGAUGAACAAAGUUCAGGUUAAAAGAGCAAUCAACGUGUGGAAAACCACUGCCGUAUAUUUGGAUAAGAUAAAAGAUAUUGAAGGUGAAAAAGAAAUCUAUAAGGUUGCUUUUGUGCUAAGUUUUACGGCAAACGCUAUACGACCAACACUUCAAAAUAUGGCGACAACUGUCAUCUACAUUUCUGAAAAACCUACAGUCGAUGAUUCCUUAAAACUGUUUGAAAAGCGGCGAUGCCAUGCAUGGCCCUUUUGCUGUUGCUGGUAAUAACUCGUUGCAGAGAAAUAAUCGUUGGUAUACCAUCCUGAUCAGCAAAAACGUGUCGUUGAAAAUGCUUUAUAAACUAGGAUUCGUUGAAAGUAGUU